AUGGAGAAAUUAGAACAAGAAGCUGACAACAGAAAGCAAUCUAAUGCACCCAAAAAUGUACCUUUACCUCCUUCUAGCUCUUCCACGUGCCCAAAAAAAAGAAAAACUACAGGUUCUCUUGAGAUGGCAUUUAAUGUUGGGGAGCGAGAAGAAUUAAAUUAUCUGAUUGCUAGAAUGUUUUAUUCAGCAGGAUUGCCAUUCAAUUUGGCAAAGAACCCUUACUUCCAAGCUUCGUAUACUUAUGCAGCAAAUCAUAAUAUUGGAGGUUAUUUGCCACCGGGAUAUAACUCAGUGCGAACCACUCUGUUGCAAAAGGAGAAAGAAAAUAUUGAUAAGUUGUGUGAACCUAUUCGAGAGUCUUGGACUCAUAAAGGGGUGAGUAUUGUAAGUGAUGGGUGGAGUGAUUCACAAAGGAGGCCACUCAUUAAUUUCAUGGCAGUAUCUGAUGGUAAAGCAAUGUUUUUAAAAUCAGUUGAUUACUCAGGGGAGAUUAAGGAUAAAAAUUUCAUUUUCAGGUUGCUAAAGGAAGUUAUUCAAGAAGUAAGAGAGGCGAAUGUGGUUCAAGUAAUCACAGAUAAUGCUGCAAAUUGUAAGGGAACAGGGCAACUUAUUGAGCAGGAAUUCCCAACUAUUACUUGGACACCGUGUGUUGUUCACACAUUGAAUUUGGCUGUGAAAAAUAUUUGUGCUGCAAAGAAUGUGGAGAGCAAUCAAAUAACGUUUGAGGAAUGUAGCUGGAUUUCUGAUAUUGUAGGUGAUGUUGCUGCAAUAAAGCAUUUCAUUAUGAAUCAUUCUAUGAGAUUGGCCAUCUUUAAUGAGUUUGUGAGUUUGAAGUUGCUUUCUAUUGUUGAUACUCGUUUUGCUUCAAUGAUUGUGAUGCUGAAGAGAUUCAAGUUAAUAAAGAGCGGACUCCAAAAUAUGGUGAUAAGUGAAAAAUGGAAUAUUUAUAGAGAUGAUAAUCUUGGGGGGGCCAGACAUGUGAAGGAAAAAUUAUUGGAUGAUUGUUUUUGGGAUUCAGUUGAUUACAUACUUGCCUUCACUGCUCUUAUUUAUGAUAUGAUCAGAGCUUGUGACACUGAUAGAGCUUGUCUUCACUUGAUAUAUGAUAUGUGGGAUGCAAUGAUUGUGAAAGUGAAGAAAGCUAUAUACCAUAAAGAGGGGAAGAGGAUGGAAGAGAGCUCCUCUUUUUAUGAUGUGGUGCAUCGCAUUCUUGUGGAUCGUUGGACAAAAAACUCAACUCCACUACACUGUUUGGCACAUGCUUUGAAUCCUAAAUACUAUAGUCAACAAUGGCUUCUGGAAGAUUCUAGUCGAGUUCCUCCACACAUGGAUUUAGAGCUUACUCAAGAGCGACAAAAAUGUUUAAGGAGAUUCUUUCCUAGCAUGGAGGACUGA